ACUGUGAGAGCUAAGUUUAACUGAAGUGUGCACUCAGCUGGGAUCUGACGGAGUGAAACAUUGUCUACUUUGUGGCUCGAACUUUUUAUUUAUACUUUUUUAAAAAUUCUUUAAUACAUAAUAUUCUAUUCUAUAAUAUUUAUUUAAUCGUUCUUACGGUCUUUUCAAAAUGAACAUCCAGACUUGUGCAAGGUGUAAGAAUGUUGUAUAUCCCGCGGAGAAGAUUAAUUGCAUUGACCAGAACUGGCACAAGGCUUGUUUUCACUGUGAGGUCUGCAAGAUGGUCCUCACAGCAAAUAACUUUGUCAGCCAUCAGAAGAAACCAUAUUGUCAAGUGCAUAAUCCCCGUAAUAACACCUUCACCAGUGUCUACGAGACCCCCAUGAACAUCAACGCUAAGAAGCAGACCAGAGCUGUCAGCGAGAUCAAAUAUCGAGAGGAAGGAGAGAGGUACAUGUCAACUUUCCACUAUGAUAUGAGGUCAAAGGAUGUGGAGCACGCUCGAAGGGUAAACCAGCUAGCUAGCCAGAAUGCAUACCAGGCAGAAUACAACGAGCAGAAGGCCUGUUUCUCAAGCUCUGUCACUAGCCAGGAGAUGAUGCACGUGACCCAGACACAGAAAACCAUCAGCGAUGUGGAGUACAUGCGUGGACAUGAGGAGCAGUUGGCACAGUUCACUUCAGUCGCAGAUACCCCAGAUAUUCUACAUGCCAAGACUGCCAGUUCAUUGGCCAGUGAUGUGAAAUACAAAGUGGACUACAAGCAGAAAAAAGGGAAAGGCAGCUAUCCAGCCAUGAUCACACCAGGCUACAAGCUGGCCAAGAAAGCCAACACCUUAGCUAGCAAUCUGGAUUAUAAACGGGGACAUGAGGAGAGAGUGUGUAAGUUCACCUCUGUUAAGGACACGCCUGAGAUCUUGCUGGCGAAAUCCGGCGGGCAGCUAGCAAGCGACUAUAUUUACACUGAGGAAUAUGAGCAGCAGAAAGGGAAAGGCAGUUUUCCGGCUCAUGUCACUCCUGGGUACCAGGUGGCCAAGAAAGCUUCAGCGAUGGCCAGUGAUGUGAAGUACCAUGAGCAGUAUGAGAAAGAGAUAAAAGGGAAGGGGUGGGCGGAUGUUAGACAGGACGAGGAUGUGGAGGACUUCAAUCAGAUGUACACCGAGGAGUACGCACAGCAGAGGGGCAAAGGGAGUUUCCCGGCCAUGAUCACGCCUGCCUACCAGCUGGCAAAGAAGGCCCAUGACCUGGCUAGCGAUCUGAAGUAUAAGAAAGACCUGUCAAAGUUCAAGGGGUCAGCACAUUACAACACCAUCACCGCCGAAGAUAACUUGGCCCUCAAGAGUGCACGUAAAAUUAACAAGCUGGUCAGCGAGGUGGAAUAUAAGAAGGAUCUGGAGAACACCAAAGGCCACAGCAUUAACUUCUGUGAGACCCCACAGUUUAAGACGUCUUCUAAGGUUUCCCAAUUUUCCAGUGAUAACAAAUACAAGGAGAAGUACACUAAUCACAUGAAGGGCCACUAUGAGGGCACUGGUUUGGACAAGAGAACCAUGCACGCCAUGAAAGCCAGAAAACUGGCCAGCAAUAUCGCCUACAAGUCUGAGUACGAGCAGGAGAAGAAUGUACAGGGCGAAUAUAACUACCCAGCAACCAUCACCCCAGGCUACAAAGCACAGAGAAAAUUGGAUCCACUCAAGGAUGUCAACUACAGACAGCACAUUGACAAGCUGAAGUACCACUCUGUUACUGACACCCCAGACAUCGUUCAGGCCAAAAUCAACGCUCACCAGCUCAGUAAUCUGAACUAUCGGGCAGACUAUGAGAAGACAAAGACCCAGUACACCUUGUCCCAGGACCUCCCCCAGAUCAAGAACGCCAAGGCUAAUGCUGAGCUCUACAGUGAUAUAAAAUACAAGGAGGAUUGGGAGAAGACCAAAUCCAAAUCAUGUGAUAUUGGGGCCGACACCCUGACUGUCAAAGCAGCCAAAGCAUCCAGAGACCUGGCCAGUGAUAUCAAGUAUAAAGAAUCAUUCUUGAAGAACAAAGACAAGACCAUGGGGGUCAACGUGAGUGACUCCAGGACCCUGCACUCUCUCCAGGUGGCCAAACUGAACAGUGAGAUUGCAUACAAGAGAGGCUCCAAAGAGACGCAGGGUAAUUUCCACCUGCCCUUGGACAUGGUCAAUCUGAGCCAUGCGAAGAAGGCACAGGCUCUGGCCAGCGACCUAGACUACAGGAAGAAGCUUCAUGACUACACCAUCCUGGCUGAUGACAUCAAGGUCCAACAGGCCAAGAAGGCCUACAACCUGCAGAGCGAGAAUCAGUACAGAUCGGAUCUUGUCUGGAUGAAAGGUGUGGGCUGGGAGGUUGACGGGUGUCUGGAUGUGGCCCAGGCCAAGAAAGCUGGAGACCUUCUGAGCGAGAAAAAAUACAGACAGAAAGUGGACGGUGUGAAGUUUACACAGGUGGCAGACACACUGUCUAUUAAACAUGCCAAGAAGAGUCAGGAGCUUCAGAGUGAGGUGGCAUACAGGUCGGGCACAGAGGAGUCGAAACAUCAGUACACGAUGAGCAAAGAUGAACCUCUCUUCAGGCAGGCGAAGGCUAAUGCAGAGUUGUUAAGUUCGAAAUUAUACCGUAGCAGCUGGGAGAAGCAGAGAGAGAAGGGUUUUGAGCUGCGCCUGGAUGCUCUGUCCAUCCUCACUGCCAAAGCCAAGAGGGAUCUUGCAAGUGACGUUAAGUACAAGGAGAGUUACGAGAAAACGAAGGGGAAGAUGAUUGGGGUGAAGACGGUCACAGAGGACUCCCAGAUGGCCCACUCGGCCCAUGCCACUCGCCUGCAGAGCGACAGGGAGUACAAGAAGGUCUACGAGGACACCAAGGCCCGGCACAGCGCCUCGCUGGAUAUGCUGAACCUCACCCACGCCAGGAAGGCCCAGGACCUGGCCACGGACACCACCUACAAGACCUUCCUCCACGACUACACCUGCCUGCCCAGCGACAUGAAAGUGGAGUGGGCUAAAAAGGCCUACAGCCUGCAGAGCGAGAAAAAAUACAGGUCGGAUCUGAACUGGAUGAAGGGUGUUGGCUGGGUGACGGUUGGAUCGAUGGAUGUAGAGCAGGCCAGGAAGGCUGGAGAUCUCAUCAGCGAGAAAAAGUAUCGGCAGCAGGCGAGUGAUCUGAAGUUCACCAGCGUAGAAGACACUCCGGAGAUGGUCCAAGCCAAGCUCAGCAACAAGCAGGCCAUAGACAGACUGUACCGAGAGCAGGGCGAGAACCUGAAACACAACUACACCUUGACAGGAGAUCUGCCAGAACAUGUCCAGGCCAAACUCAACGCCAUUAACAUCAGCGAGUCCCAGUAUAAGCAGUCCUGGACUAAACUCCGAGAUGCCGGGUAUAAGCUACGGCUGGAUGCUAUCCCCUUCCAAGCGGCCAAGGCCUCUGGAGACAUCCUCAGUGAUCACAAGUACAAGGAAGCCUUCGAGAAGACGAAGGGCCACAUGAUCGGGCUGAAGGGCUUGGAGGGCGAUAUAAACAUGGUGCACUCUGUCCAUGCCAGCCAGCUCCAGAGCAAUAUCCAGUACAAGAAGGACUCGGCAAAGGUGCACUCUCAGUUCCACCUGCCCAUGGACAUGAUGGAGGUGGCUCAUGCCAAGAAAGCCCAGGCACUCAUCAGCGACCAGGACUACAAGGGCGUCCUGCACAGCUACACCACCCUGCCCGAUGACCUAAAGGUGCAGGCUGCCAAGAAGGCCUACGCCCUUCAGAGCGAGAAACUCUACAGGUCCGAUCUGAACUUCCUGAGGGGUGUGGCUUGGAUCAGCACUGGAGCGGUGCAGAUUGAGGGGUCAAAGCGAGCCACUGACCUCAUCAGUGAGAAAAAAUACCGCCAGCAGCCGUACUCCUUCAAGCACACAGCCGUGGCAGACUCUCCGGACAUCGUCCAUGCUAAAUUUAGCAACAAAAUCUCUAAUGAGCGCCUGUACAAAGAAGCAGGGGUGAACUCCAGACAUAACUACACGAUCACCGCCGAACGUCCAGAGCUCACUCAAGCCAAGAUCAAUGCUGCCAACUUCAGCGAGACUAAGUACAGGGAGUCCUGGCACAGUCUGCGGGCGCAGGGAUAUAAACUCACCAUGCAGGACAUCCCCUUCCAGGCUGCCAAAACCUCUGGAGGAAUCGCUAGUGAUUACCAGUACAAGAACAACUUUGUGCAGGAGAGGGGGAAGCACAUCGGGGCGCGCAGUAUCCUGGACGACCCGCGGCUGAUGCACUGCAUGCAGAUGGGCAAGCUCCAGAGCGACCAGGAGUACCGCAAGGACCUGCGCUCCAGCAGCGGCCAGUACCACCUGCCUCUGGACGGGGUCCAGCUGCUGCAGGCCAAGAAGGCCCAGGCACUGGCCAGCGACCAGGACUACAAGACCAUGGUGCACUCCUACACCGUGCUGCCGGACGACAUGAAGGUCCAGUGGGCCCGCAAGGCCUACGACCUGCAGAGCGAGAAACUGUACAAGUCGGAUCUGAACUUCAUGAGAGGUGUGGCCUGGAUGACAGCGGGAACUCCCCAGCUAGAAUCAGCCAUGAAGGCGGGAGAUCUCAUCAGCGACAGGAAAUAUCGGCAGCAGCCAGACAGUAUGAAGUUUACCUCCGUGGCAGAUUCGCCAGACAUGGUCCACGCCAAGAACAGCUACUUGCAUUGCAACGAGAGGCUGUAUAAAUCCGGAGACGCAGAAGCCAUGCACAGAUACACCCUGCCAGCGGACCACCCAGAGUUCAUCAGGGCCCGAACAAAUGCCCAGCACAUCAGCGAUAAAGUGUACAAGGCGUCCGGCGACCAGGUGCGGUCUGCAGGGUACGACCUGCGACUGGAUGCCAUCCCCUUCCAGACUGCCAAAGCCUCCAGAGAGAUUGCCAGCGAUUUCCAGUACAAGGCGGCAUUUGUGAAGGACAAAGGUCACCAGAUUGGACUCCGCUGCGUUGAGGAUGACCCCAAGAUGAAGCACUCACUCGCAGUGGGCAAGCUGCAGAGCUCCAACGAGUACAAGAAGCAGUCCCAGGAGACCCGCUCCCAGUACAAGAUCCACGCCGACCAGCCCCAGUUCCAGCAAGCCAAGAAGAGCCAGGCGCAGGCCAGCAACCUGAGCUACCGGCAGCACCUGCACCAGUACACCUGCGACCCGGAGCAGCUCAACCUGAAACACGCCAAGCAGGCCUACAAGCUGCAGAGCGACGUGAACUACAAAUCGGACCUGAACUGGAUCAGAGGUGUGGGCUGGACCCCCCCAGGUUCCCACAAGGUGGAGAUGGCCCGCAGGGCUGCCGAGCUGGGCUACGGCGAGGGGAUGGGCCCUGAUGCUGCCAUCGCCCAGUACCAGCAGAUGCUGGAUUCACAACAUGAAACGGUGGAGACUGUAGAGGAAUACGAGCAGCCAGGAGUAAAUCCUGAUGCCAUGGAGGUCCUGCAUGUGAAAAGGAAGAAGAUUGUUCGCACUGUCAAGUCGUCCAAGUCCACCGUGUAGAGUCUCUGCCAAUCACGACACAGUGGGCCGGCCUACAAAACUUUAAUUGACUGCAGACAGCCAAAUAAGAUUUUUUUUUUUAAAUCAUCAAUUUUUAUAUUAAUGUAUCACUAACAUUAUGAAUGAUCUUUGCAUGGCAGCCUAAAAGAGCCUUCGUAUAAGCAUUGAGUGUAGGUCAGGGCAUGGAACAUGUAUAUGACUCCUCACCCGAGGAUGGAUUUGUAGUUUAUGAAUGUUUAAAGUAUGUUUGAAUUGACUUGAUCGGUGUAUAUCCUGUUAGAAAAAGAAAGAGAUUUGAUGGAAGAAGCUUGAUGGUAAAAGAAGGGAUGUUUAUUCUAUAAACUAAAUUUGACUUGGUGCGGUGGUUGAGGUAUGUUUGAAGUGAAGAUGAGCAGAACGAGACCGAUGCAGAUUCCAAGUGAGGAGCAGAGCAAGGUUGAGGCUUAUCCAGAAUGAAAAGAAGUUCAAUACUGAGGCUAAUUCAGAAGCAUGUUUAUUUUCAUUUUAAGCUCCAGUUAUGGACCAUCAUCUGAUCCUGGGCUUAUGAACGGUGGUCCACUUUUGGACCAUCAGAGCCAAAGGCCAGGUAAUGAAAUUAUACAGGUUACUGACUAUUUGACUGACAGGUUCAGCCUUGUGAAAAUCUACCUGUGCAGUAGCCAGGGUAGGGUAGGCCAUGAUCUUUAAGAAUAAAAACUGUUGAAGCA